AUGAUUCUAAUAAUUGAACAGACUUCAACCCGAGUCGCGGAGAUGCUCUUGCCUUCAUUGAGAUCACUCCUUGAAGGAGAUACCGAAGAUGGUCAGCCUCUAGUUGACACCACUCUCGAUGAUCACGAGGAUGGCAUGCAAGAUAUUGUUUUUCGCUCAUCCUCUCCGAUGGAUUGCGGUUCUCCGCACGCAGGGCAUAGCCAUGCUCCUCCUCCUACUGAUGGUAUAUCUGCUCGCACUCUCUUUCUAUUAUUUGGGCUAUCUAUUCACUCAUUUUUCGAAGGAAUUGCUUUAGGUGUACAGCAUGAUAAAGAUGACUUCAUGAACGUACUCAUUGCUGUGAUGUUUCACGAGGUAUGCGAUUUCCAUAGCUAUUCAACUUUUUCACAUCACUAC